AAAAAUACCAAACACUCUAAAAGACAGUCACACCUGCACGCACCUCUAUUACUUUUGAUGAAAUUCUGACCCUUUUCGAAUAUUGUGAAAUAAAGAAAACAAAAAGUCCUCAAAAUGUCGCGUCACCGGAUAGUGCGCACCAUGGACUACAACGAUGAGUACGAUGGGUACGACGACAUCUACGGGCACUCGGUAGAUGAUGAUCACUGCAUCUCGCCUACAGAUGCACAACAGUGGCUCUAUGACCGUGCCCGUGGCCAACAGAGCAUCUCAGGAUUCAUAAGCAAGAACAAAAACAUAGAGGAGGAAGCUGACGAGGAGGAGGCAGAGGAUGCCGCCUUUGAGAAGGCACGCCGCGACUCUGAGAGUUUCCAGAUGCCGCAGCUUGACGAGAUCGAACAGGCCAAGCUUAGCUCAUGCGUGGACGAAGUACGUAGCGUGGUGGGCGAUUCCGUCUCUGAGCGCCGCAUCGUGGAAACCUCCAUGAAGCUUGACUACGAUAUGCAGAAAAUCCUGGACGAAAUCCUCAACGAAGAGACCAAGAAGUCUGAGAAGCCAGCAGCGAAUCGGAUGAAGGUGCCCGCUGUUCCGGUGCUGCCCAAAUCCUCCAGCAAAACGGCGCCAACACCUCCGCCAAAGAUAAGCGGUAAGGAGCCCCGCAGAGGCUUCGAAAUAGCCUCACCAAAGAUACCCUCAUCGCCUGUGGUCUCGGGCAGAAAUACUCCCGUCGACACUGCCGCCGAUGACGUUUCCCGCAGCUCAGCUUCCCUCUUCAAGGUGUCCAAAGAGCAGGCAUUGCGCAACGCCCGCCAGCUAUACGAAAAAGAACGUGCAGACCAAAAAAGCCACAUACAUAUGAUUGUCAUAGGUCACGUGGAUGCCGGGAAGAGCACGUUAAUGGGCCAUCUUUUGUAUGACACUGGAAACGUUUCGCAGCGCGUUAUGCAUAAGCACGAGCAAGAGUCCAAAAAGAUUGGCAAGCAAAGCUUUAUGUACGCCUGGGUUCUAGACGAGACGGGCGAGGAACGGUCCCGCGGAAUUACCAUGGACGUGGGUCAGUCACGUAUUGAAACGAAGACAAAGAUCGUUACGCUACUGGAUGCUCCGGGUCACAAGGACUUCAUUCCAAACAUGAUAUCUGGUGCCACUCAGGCAGAUGUUGCUCUCCUGGUUGUAGAUGCUACGAGAGGGGAGUUUGAAUCCGGUUUUGAACUAGGGGGACAGACGAGGGAACAUGCAAUCCUUGUGAGAUCCCUAGGUGUUAACCAAUUAGGAGUGGUCAUCAACAAACUGGACACUGUUGGUUGGUCACAAGAGCGCUUCGCGGAGAUUGUAUCCAAGCUGAAGUCCUUUCUCAAACAGGCGGGCUUCAAGGAGUCCGAUGUGAGUUUUACGCCCUGCUCCGGACUAACCGGCGAGAAUCUCACCAAGAAUGCCCAGGAAUCCGCACUGACCAGCUGGUACACUGGUCCGCACCUGCUGGAUGUUAUAGAGAACUUCAAGAUCCCUGAAAGAGCUAUUGACAGACCGCUACGCAUGUCAGUCUCGGAUAUUUACAAGGGAACUGGCUCAGGAUUUUGUAUCUCUGGACGAGUGGAAACUGGAGUGCUCUGCCUGAACGAUAAGGUUCUAGUGGGAGCCAGCCGAGAGCAGGCGCAAGUCAAGUCCUUGGCCAUGAACGAUUUUCCUCAGACCAGUGUUUUCGCCGGCGAUCAAGUCUCGGUGACCCUUCCCGCCUUGGAUAUCAACAACGUUACCGUGGGCUGCAUUAUAUGCGAUCCUCAGACGCCCAUUCCGGUGACCACGCGUUUCCAAGCCCGCAUCAUUGUGUUCAAUGUCAAGGUGCCUAUUACCAUGGGAUUUCCCGUCCUACUGCACCACCAAUCACUGAUAGAGCCCGCCGUGGUCUGCAAGCUGACCGCCUCGAUCCACAAGAGUACCGGAGAGGUGGUCAAGAAGAAGCCGCGCUGCUUGGGCAAUAACUCCUGUGCCUUGGUAGAACUGGAGACAAGUAGACCGAUUUGCAUCGAGCGGUAUGCGGACUUUAAGGAGCUGGGUCGCGUAAUGCUGCGUGUGGCGGGUGUCACAAUUGCCGCCGGAAUGGUCACCAAGAUCCGCUAAGGACCAAAGGACUAACGGCCAUGCUGAAUUUUAUACGAAAUUUUAGUUAGAUAUUAACUUUUGUUGUUUUGCUAAAUAUACAUAGUUUAUAUGAAUUGAUUAAAUCAAAAAGACGUUGAAGCAGUGGAA